UAAUUCCGGCAGCGUUGGUGGAAGCUUCCAGGGGAAGUUUCGGAAGCUGGCGGCAUCCACAUUUGACGUUUGACCGAAAGCCAAACCAAAUAAUUCUGGGAUCGAAUUUUGGGCGCAGACGCGGCAGAGAAGCGAUUCAAUCAAUGGAACUCCUCUCUUUUGCGUUGGGAGGCGUUGGGUUCAUUCUUGUCGGAGCACACGAAGCGCUUAUUCACGUUUCCCCAUCCAAACAAUCCCCAAUCUCUUCCGCUUCCUCUUCUCCGUCCAAUUCUCCAACCAACAAACUCUUACUUCCGAUCUCCCUCGCAAUCCUCUCCUCAUUUUUCAUCCUCAACUCCACAGUGUCCCUUCUCAGCGCACACAACUCAAACGACGCCGUCGGCACCGCGCUUCAGCUGCAAGUCCUCCCCAUCGCGUUCAUCUUCCUCUUCUACUCCCUUCUUCCUCUCUUCUCUCUCCCUUCGCCGUUGCACGGCCUCGUUGGCCUCUUCGCUUUCGCCGAAGAGUUUCUCCUCUUCUACCUUCAGCGCAAGGACCCCACCGGCGUCGAGAACCGUUACUACGAUCUCUUGCUCGUUCCCAUCGCAAUCUGCCUUUUCUGCACUCUUCUCGAUGUGGGAUCUCCGCGGUCAAGUGUUCCCAAACUGGGCCGCGGUGUGGGCCUGAUUCUCCACGGAACAUGGCUUCUCCAAAUGGGCCUCUCCCUCUUCUCGGGCUGGGUGGCCCAGGGGUGCUCUCUGCACCGAGUGAGCAGAGGGAACUACACGCUGAGGUGCAAGGGGCACCCGGAGUAUCAUCGGGCCAGGGCCAUAGCCACGCUUCAGUUCAAUUGCCACCUCGCGUUCAUAGUGGUGGUUCUUGUUGGCUUCUUCUCCCUUGUUUGCGCCAGAAUCGGAGGAGGAACCCACCUUGACUCUGUUCCCACGCGGUACGCGCCGCUCGGUGCUGAAUUGCAGAAUAUGCAGGACUCGACAAACUUCACUUUGGACUCUGAUGAAGAUGAUGAUGAUGGCAGACAAGAGGGCCACAAUGUGGGUAACGAGAAAGGAGUUGCUGUGGAGCAUGCUGUCAAUGGUAAUGGGGUAAUGCCUCUCACCACUCAGUGAGUCAUGUUAGGAACACGCUCUCUUCUGAAAGUUGUUGCACAUUAGAAACCAUGAAGCCAAGAUAAAGAUACAUAUUACUUAAUAUGACAUGUGACAUAGAAAUUUUGCAUUUUGAAUAAAUUUCAAGCCUGAGAGCAUGUAUUGAAAAGAGUAUGCCUGAGAGUGUCUAUUUCUUCUUAUAGUGCAUUUUGUUGUCUUCUCUUGUUUUCUUCUGUUAGGAGAACAAAUCUUUGUAUAAAGGAGUUGGUUGGUUUAUAUUGACUUGAUUUGUUGCUGUUUUA